AAGCGCUGCUGAGGGUGAGCGCACGGCCGCGGCAGCUGAACAAAGGAGCGGGGCGCCGCCGCGGGGACCCGCCACCGACCUCCCGGGCCGCGCCGGCCUCCCGCCCGCCGCCACCAUGACCGCCAACGGCACGGCCGAGGCCCUGCAGAUCCAGUUCGGUCUCAUUAACUGCAGCAACAAGUACCUGACUGCCGAGACGUUCGGGUUCAAGGUGAAUGCGUCGGCCAGCAGCCUGAAGAAGAAGCAGAUCUGGACGCUGGAACAGCCGCCCGACGAGGCGGGCAGCGCAGCCGUGUGCCUGCGCAGCCACCUGGGCCGCUACCUGGCGGCGGACAAGGAUGGCAACGUGACCUGCGAACACGAGGUGCCCAGUGCCGACUGCCGCUUUCUCAUCGUGGCGCACGACGACGGCCGCUGGUCGCUGCAGUCCGAGGCGCACCGGCGCUACUUUGGCGGCACCGAGGACCGCCUGUCGUGCUUCGCUCAGACCGUGUCGCCGGCCGAGAAGUGGAGCGUGCACAUCGCCAUGCACCCCCAGGUCACCAUCUACAGCCUGGCCCGCAAGCGCUACGCGCACCUGAGCGCGCGGCCGGCCGACGAGAUCGCAGUGGACCGCGACGUGCCCUGGGGCGUCGACUCGCUCAUCACGCUGGCCUUCCAGGACCAGCGCUACAGCUUGCAGACGGCCGACCACCGCUUCCUGCGCCACGACGGGCGCCUAGUGGCGCACCCCGAGCCCGCCACCGGCUACACGCUCGAGUUCCGCUCCGGCAAGGUGGCCUUCCGCGACUGCGAAGGCCGCUACCUGGCGCCGUCGGGGCCCAGCGGCACGCUCAAGGCGGGCAAGGCCACCAAGGUGGGCAAGGACGAGCUCUUCGCCCUGGAGCAGAGCUGCGCCCAGGUCGUGCUGCAGGCGGCCAACGAGAGGAACGUGUCCACGCGCCAGGGUGAGUGGGGACGCCGUCCCCCGCCUCUCCGGGCCAUGCACAAAGCGAACCCCACCCCAGUCCCCGCAGCCUCCCGCCCUUUCUCGCCCGCGGCGCCGCUGCAAUCCCGAGCGACGCCCGGUGCGCCCCCGCUGGGCGCGCGGGCCACCCCACCCUGCCGCGGGACCUGCGCUCCGAUCCCCGGGAAGAGGCGAGGGGUGGGGCUUUGCCCAUCCUUGGAUGGGAAAACCAGAUGCGGCCGGGCGGGGGAGGGAAUCGAUUUUCUGCGGGUCCCCCCUGCUGAGGACCCCCCCGCGCCGCCCCCAGGCCCAGUGCCCCGGCCGAAGCCGCCCCAGAAGGCGGCCUCCCUGCUCGCGCCCCGGCCCCGGGACGGCGUGGCGCGGAUGGCGGCCCGCCAGGCACCCCGCCCCGCGCCCGCCGCGCGUCUCCUGGCCG